AUGAGGGUUCCUGUAUUUGAGGAUGUGAAAGAUGAAACUGAAGAAGAAAAAACAGGGGAAGAAGAAAAUGAAGAAGACAAGGUAUUCUUUAAGCCUGUUAUUGAAGACCUGAGUAUGGAGUUGGCCAGAAGGUGCACUGAACUCAUUAGUGAUAUCCAUUAUAAAGAAGAGUAUAAAAAGUCUAAAGGCAAGUGUACGUUUGUGACUGACACGCCUAUGCUAAACCAUGUAAAACACAUUGGUGCUUUUAUUUCUGAGGCAAAAUACAAAGGUACCAUUAAGGCGGACCUUUCCAAUUCUCUUUAUAAGCAGAUGCCAGCCACAAUUGACAGUGUCUUUGCCAGAGAAGUUUCACAACUACAGAGUGAGAUUGCCUACAGGCAGAAGCAUGAUGCUGCCAAAGGAGUCUCGGAUUAUGCCCACAUGAAGGAGCCGCCUGAGAUCCAACAUGCCAUGGAGGUCACUAAGCACCAGAGUAAUAUUUUUUAUAGAAAAGAUGUACAGGACACCCACAUGUAUAAAGCAGAGCUUGACAGACCAGACAUCAAGAUGGCAACACAGAUCUCCAAGAUCAUAAGCGAUGCUGAAUACAAGAAAGGGCAAGGAGUAAUGAAUAAAGAGCCUGCUGUAAUUGGAAGACCAGAUUUUGAACAUGCUGUGGAAGCUUCUAAACUUUCUAGUCAAAUUAAAUACAAAGAAAAAUUUGAUAAUGAAAUGAAGGAUAAGAAACAUCUUUACAAUCCUCUUGAAAGUGCUACUUUUAGGCAAAGUCAGCUGGCCACUGCCCUGGCGAGCGACGUGAAGUACAAGAAAGACUUUGAGAAUAUGCAUGACCCAGUUUCAGGUCUCCCAGACUUGUUCUUAGACCACGCUUUGAAAGUCAGCAAAAUGCUAAGUGGACGAGAAUAUAGAAAGGUUUUUGAGGAAAACAAAGGCCUGUAUCAUUUUGAUGUGGAUGCUGCGGAACACCUGCACCAUAAAGGCAAUGCCAUGCUCCAGAGUCAGGUGAAAUACAAAGAAGAGUAUGAGAAAAAUAAGGGGAAAUCGAUGCUUGAAUUUGUUGAGACACCGUCGUAUCAAGUUUCAAAGGAGGCUCAGAAGAUGCAGAGUGAGAAAGUUUACAGAGAGGAUUUUGAGAAGGAUAUUAAAGGAAGGUCAUCAAUGGAUUUAGACAAGACUCCAGAGUUUUUACAUGUAAAGUACAUCACCAACCUUCUGAAGGAGAAAGAAUAUAAAAAGGAUUUGGAAAAUGAAAUAAAAGGGAAAGGAAUGGAGCUUAAUUCCGAAGUACUUGAUAUUCAAAGAGCAAAACGAGCAUCUGAAAUGACUAGUGAGAAAGAAUACAAGAAAGACCUGGAAUCAGAAAUUAAAGGGAAGGGAAUGCAAGUUGGCACUGACACCCUUGGAAUUCAGCAUGCCAAAAGAGCUUCCGAGAUAGCCAGUGAGAAAGAUUAUAAAAGAGAUCUGGAGACUGAAAUUAGAGGGAAAGGCAUGCAGGUGAGCACAGAUACUCUCGAUAUCCAGAGAGCCAAGAAAGCAUCUGAAAUGGCCAGCCAGAAAGAAUAUAAGAAAGACUUAGAAAAUGAAAUUAAAGGGAAAGGAAUGCAAGUGAGCAUGGAUAUCCCGGAUAUGCUUCGAGCCAAGAGGGCAUCUGAAAUCUAUAGCCAGAAAAAGUAUAAAGAUGAGGCAGAGAAGAUGCUUUCUAGCUACUCUACUGUGGCAGAUACUCCUGAAAUUCAGAGAAUUAAGACAACUCAACAAAACAUUAGUGCGGUAUUUUAUAAGAAAGAAGUGGGAGCUGGCACAGCAGUAAAAGAUACUCCUGAGAUUGAACGAGUGAAGAAAAAUCAGCAGAACAUUAGUUCAGUAAAAUACAAAGAAGAGGUGAAACAAGCAACAGCCCUUUCAGAUCCACCAGAACUCAAGAGAGUUAAAGAAAACCAGAAGAACAUCAGCAAUCUCAGGUACAAAGAGCCGUGUGACAGAGCAACUCCGGUGAGCAUGACGCCCGAGAUAGAGAGAGUGAGGAGAAACCAGGAGCAGUUGAGCACGGUAAAAUACAGAGGAGAGAUUAAACAGGCAACUGCGAUUUCUGACCCACCAGAGCUGAAGAGAGUGAAAGAAAACCAGAAGAACCUCAGCAACGUUUAUUAUAAAUCUCAGAUGGGAAGAGCUACAGCCCUAAGUGUAACUCCUGAAAUGGAAAGAGUAAAGAAGAAUCAAGAAAAUAUUAGUUCGGUAAAAUAUACCCAGGACCAGAAACAGAUGAAAGGUAGACCAAGUCUGAUUUUAGAUACACCUGGUCUCAGACAUGUCAAAGAAGCUCAAAAUCAUAUUUCAAUGGUGAAAUAUCAUGAAGAUUUUGAAAAGACAAAGGGAAGGGGCUUUACUCCUGUUGUGGAUGACCCUGUGACAGAGCGAGUGAGAAGGAACACCCAGGUCGUCAGCGAUGCCGCCUAUAAAGGUGUCCAUCCUCACAUCGUGGAGAUGGACAGGAGACCUGGAAUCAUUGUUGACCUCAAAGUUUGGCGCACAGAUCCUGGCUCCAUCUUCGACAUUGAUCCCCUGGAAGACAAUAUUCAGUCUAGAAGUCUACAUAUGCUUUCUGAAAAGGCAAAUCUUUAUAGGAGACAACGGUCUCGGUCUUACUCGAGCAGUACUUUUGGUACAGGUCUGGGAGAUGACAAAUCAGAAAUAUCCGAGAUUUACCGUAGCUUUUCAUGCUGCAGUGAGGUAACAAGACCAUCUGAUGAAGGAGCACCUGUUCUUCCUGGAGCCUACCAGCAAAGCCAUUCUCAAGGGUAUGGGUACAUGCAUCAGACCAGCCUGUCAUCUGUGAGGUCAAUGCAGCAUUCACCAAAUCUAAGGACCUACCGAGCCAUGUACGAUUACAGUGCCCAGGAUGAAGAUGAAGUCUCCUUCAGAGAUGGUGACUACAUCGUCAAUGUGCAGCCCAUUGACGACGGCUGGAUGUACGGCACGGUGCAGAGAACUGGAAAAACCGGAAUGCUUCCAGCGAAUUACAUUGAGUUUGUUAAUUAA